AUGUUACCAACAAGUCAAACAUCAACACGAACUUUAAUACCAAUCAAUGUUGAAACAUUAGUUGGAACAUCAUUUGAAUUACUUGUAUCACCUUAUGAACAAAUUCAAUCUAUAAAACGUAAAAUUGAACGACGUGAAGGUAUACCAAGUUUACAACAACAUCUGGUAUUUAAAACUGAUGAACUUGAAGAUGAAUCAUGUUUAAAUGAUUAUAAUAUUGAAGCUGGUACAACAAUAAAACUUGUUUUGGAUAUGCGUGGUGGACCUGUUAAUACAAAACGUGUAUUAAUUGAAGAUAAUUUAAUAAGAGAUAUGUCAGAAUAUAUUGAAAAUAGUCAAGAUGAUUAUGGAAUUAGUAAUGAUUUAUUACCAUCGUCAUCAUCGUCGUCAUCAAAUAAAAAUGUUACAUUUCUUGUUUUACGUGAUGGUGAUCAAUUUAAUUUUUUUCAAGUUCUUGAUAGAGGCGAUGGAACCCUCUCACCUUUAUCUGGUUCAAUAAGUGCUGGAUCAAUGUAUAAUACUCAUGAUCCGAUAAUAGUUGAAUCUGAACGUAAAUAUGAUGAAAAAAGACAAGACGAUGAUCGUAAAACAAAACAAAAAAUGGAAUUAAUUCGUUCAAAACUAAAAACACAUGCAAAAAAAGAUAUUCUUCCACCUCGACCACCUUCAUCAUCAAAACAAAUAAAAGCAAAUAUAAAUCAUCAUCAUCAGCAUCGUCGUAUUAAUCCGAUUGAAACAAAUUCGAAUUUAACGACAACAACAACGGCAACUACUACUAGAGAGCCUAUCUCUACUAAUUCAUCAUUAGAUCGACAACAUCGACCAUUAUCUUAUUCAUUUUCUGCAAAUCUUUUUAAUACUUAUAAUUUAUUAUCGACAACAAAUAUGAAUCGAACUGAUCAUUUACAUGAAGAAGAUAGUGAUGAUGAUGAUAAUGAUGAUGACGAUGAUGAAGAUAGUCAUGAUGACGAAGAAGAACAACAACAACAAAAACCACUUUCAAAACAACAUAUGUUUGCAUCAAGAUCAUAUUCACCAUCAGUUUUCUAUCAUAAAAAACAUCAUCAUCAUCAUCACCAUCAUCAUCAUCAACAACAACAUAAUACAACUAAAAAAUUACUUAAUCAAGAAGCUGCUACAAUAACAACAUCAACAACAACAAAUGAUUCAAGUAGUAAUGGAAGUGUUUUAGUUGAUUAUACUCAACGUAGAUCUCCAACAAUACCAAUUGUAUCAACAUCAUCACAUAUAUUUUCAACAAAAUGUCUUAAUACAUCUGAUGAACAUAUAAGUUCCGAUGAAAAAAAUGAUUCAACAAAUGAAAUAUUAUUUCAUCAUUCACAUACAUCACCAAUGCUUGAAUUAAUUGAUGAUGAAAUUAUAUCACCAGUAAAUUUAACACGUAAACCAACAACAGCUGAUAUACAAAGUCGAAAUGAUACAUCAUUAAGUAAACCAUUAUGGACAGAUGAUGAUGAACAAUUAAAUGUUCUCGAUGAAUAUACAUCAGGUGAACGUACAUCAACAAGUCAAUCAAUGUUAUUUUGUCAUCAAAAUAGUUCAACAGCUAUAACACCAAUGCCAACAUUACCACAAGUUAAUAAAAAAUCUUCAUUACCAUCAACAACACAACAAUUUUAUCAUCAUCAUAAGCCAUCACAAAAUGAACAAAAUAAAUCAUCAUCAUCAUCAUCAAGACCAUUUAUACCAUUAACAUUAGCAAAAUAUCGACGUAUAUCAUCAAAUAUACAUUUAACAACAACAACACCACAACAACAACAAACAUUUCUAGGUGCUAAUUCAAAUAAUUCUUCCAAUGAACUAAUAAAUAAUGGUACUAAUGGUAUUGGUUUAAAUAGUAAUACAACUGAUUCUUUUAAUGAACAUUUAAUGAUUAAUAAACGAAUUGAACUAUUAAAAACACCUGGUAAACAACCAUCAACUACUUCACCAUCUUCUUCAAUAUCAAAUACAAUUUUUCCUCUACCACCACCGCCACCUUCAAAAAGACAUUUUACACAACCAGAUAUCAAAUCAGUAGGAAAUACAAUACCAACAUCAUCUUCAUCUCUUAUGCCAAUUGAUAGUACAAAAGUCACAAUUGAAACAAUUGGGUCGAAAACUGUAUCUGCACUUCUACGGCAAAAUGCUACAAUUGAACCCGUAGAUACUUCACGAGGUGUUGGUAAACAUCUCGUUUCAUUAUUAACAACUGCAUCAAAAGAAACAUCAUCAAUGAAAAAUAGUUACAAACAAUCAUCUCGUGAUGCAAUUAUUGAAGAACGUUAUAAAUUGGAUUCAAAAUCAAAUAAUCCAUGGUCAAAUAUAGCAAGUAAUGCAUCAUCAACAGUAAAUAAUAAUAAUCAAUCAACAACAAUUUACAAUCCUAAUAAAUUACCACCUGUAAUUAUUAAUCGUAAAUCAACAUCGAAAUGUUUUCUUUGUAAAAAGAAAACUGGAUUAGCUACAACAUAUCAAUGCAGAUGUGGAAGUUCAUUUUGUAGUGAACAUCGAUAUCCAGAAGCACAUGCAUGUGCAUUUGAUUAUAAAGCUGAAGGAAAACGUUUAAUUGAACGUAAUAAUCCAUUGGUAACUGCUCCAAAAUUACCUAAGAUCUGA